UAUUAAAAGAAGCAGUAGAGCAGCUUGACCUAUUACAGAACCAUGGUUCGACUAACAAUGGACCUAAUUGCUAAAAAUGCCAGUCACAAGAAUCGUUCUGAAGAGGAUUUUGGACAAUAUCUGCAAAAAUUAACUCAUCUGAAUUUGUCAGAUAAAAAUAUAGAUUCAAUUGGUGACCUCUCUUUCUGUAAAAAUCUGAGAGUUCUGUAUUUAUAUGAUAACCAAAUCAACCAAAUCCAGAACUUGGACUUUGCUUCAAACAUAACGCACCUUUACCUUCAGAACAAUCGUAUUUCAAGUAUAGAAAAUCUCUCAUCGCUGAAAAAACUUGAAAAAUUGUAUUUAGGAGGCAACUAUAUCACUGUAGUAGAGGGUUUAGAUAAAGUAGGAGAACUGAGGGAGCUACAUAUUGAAAGUCAACAUCUUCCUGUUGGUGAAAAGCUCCUGUUUGAUCCAGUAUCUCUUAACUCCCUGGCAAAAUCUUUGUCUGUAUUGAAUAUCAGCAAUAACAACAUUGAUGAAUUAGAAGAACUGGCAGUUUUGGAAAAUCUUUCUUAUCUUAAAGCAGUUGACAAUCGACUUAAACAUAUGAAGGAUUUGGAGGUUGUGUUAAAAAAAUGGACAAAGCUACGCAGAAUAGAUCUAACAGGAAACCCCAUCUGCCAAAAACCAAAGUACAAGGAUAGGAUUAUAGUACAGUCACUGACUUUAGAAUCCCUGGAUGGGAAAGAAAUUCAAGAAAUGGAAAGACGUUUCUUAAUUAAUUGGAAAGCCUCUAGAGCUGCUAGGAAAAAUAGCAAUGAAAGAAUGACUGAUGAACAUGCAGCCCAUGUAGAAUUUUCUGACUUAGAAGCAGCUUUAGUCACAGUUCCUUUUCACCCCACUCACUCUGUGAAAGAAAACACAGAUUUUUUAGAUUUGGCUCACAAGCAGAAAGUUGAAAGAAAACCUCUGCCAAGAAUCCGUGAAAGAAGAAGUCAGAUGUAAACUCGGGUGUGUUUCUCAAACAACUUCCUUUUAAUUAAGUUGGUUGCUGCUUGUCUGAAAUAA